CUUAUGUAUUAGUUACCCGUAAUACAUUUCCCCAUCAAAUCCUAAAGUUAUCUCGCUAUAUACGCUUUUUGAGAAAGAAAUUAGACGACACACAUGAACAAGGACAUUUUUCAAACGGAUUCGGAUGCCAAAGUCCGUCACGUUCAGCAUCACCCAACAUCCAAGCAGGGGUGGUUAGCAUAGCAGCCCGCGCUUAACAAACCUUUUUUCACGUAGAUGAGACCCUGACGACGACUCUAUUAUGGCAUCACUUAUUGGCUUGAGAUUGUAUAAAUACUCCGGGUUACACCGAUUUGGGUGAUCAGUACGUCCCAAUACAUUCAGUCUGCAACAUGUCUUCUCUCAAUGCCACCCUUAGCGCUAUCGUCGUCGGUGCCCUGUGGAUUUUGAUUUUGGCGCCAGUCGAUCAGAUCCAUGGAACACCAACGGGGGCUCCUAUUGCUGCCUGCGAAUCCAUGACUCCAGGGCAUGGAUACGACGCCCAAAAUUCGGCAUCCCCCUUCAAAACGGAAAUUCCGACUGGGGAGACCGCCUUCAUGGACGACCCCGUCCAUCUGGAACUUCGCAGUCUCUCAUCCGGAACUUAUUUCAAAGGGUUCCUUAUUAUGGCGUUCGACAAGGACGACACUUCGGCCACUCCUAAACCCAUCGGCACUUUUAAAUUGAUCGAAGGCAGCGAUGGCCAACUCAUGGAUUGUUCCGGCAAAGUAUCGACCGCUGUUACACACACCAACAAUGUCGUGAAGAAUUUGGUGAGGAUCGACUGGCAACCACCCAAGUAUUACAUGGGUACAGCCAUCUUCAGGACCACCUUCGUCCAAGACGUUUCCACCUUUUGGGUCAAGACGGAGUCGAUUUCUGUCACUUUUGUGAUGCCCGACGGGAGCACCCACGAUCCCAUGAAAGCCGCUAACGUUUGAUUUCUCUUGCUGAAAUAAUCGUCCAUCGAACACUAAUAAUUGAAUUGCAAUAUCACGCAUGGGCAGAUGGAGUUAAUGGAAUGAUAGAAUAUACACACCAGCAAUAGUUUGGCAAAACAAAAAAAGCAAUUCAUUCUUUUUUAAUAAUGAUGCAUAAUAAUAAACUAAAUUACGGUUA